AUGGAGGCGACGGCGCUGAGCAUUGGCAAAUCAGUGCUAAAUGGAGCUAUUUGGUACGCCAAAUCCGCCAUCGUGGAGGAGGUAGCUCUGCAGUACGGAGUCCAUCGCAACAAGGCCUUCAUCACAGAUGAGCUGGAGAUGAUGCAGUCUUUCUUGAUGGUGGCACACGAUGAGCGAGAUGAGCACAAUAAGGUGGUGAGGACCUGGGUGAAGCAGGUCCGUGACGUGGCCUAUGAUGUCGAGGAUGGCCUCCAGGACUUUGUCCUCCGCGUCCAUGGGAAAUCAUGGUGGCGCAUCCCUCGCACGUUCCUCGAUCGGCGCCAUGUCGCCAAUCAGAUGAAGGAGCUGCGUGCCAAGGUCAAGGACGUGAGCCAGAGGAACGUGCGGUACCACCUCAUCAACUGUGCCUCCAAAGCUUCUGACCUCUCCAUCACCACUGCUGCAGCCAUGUUUGGUAUCGAUGAAGCAGGAACUCAUGCCACAAGUCAGCAUGAAUCAGGAUCAAGAUUGGAUCUUACUCAGCUGAUUGUCAACAACAAGAAAGGCUUGGGCUCAGACCAAACUGGAGUUAUUGGAGUGUGGGGAACAAGCGGCACCCUCGGGCAUACCUCCAUCAUCUGGGAGGCCUAUGAGAAUACAAACAUCAAACUCAACUUCCCAUGCCGGGCCUGGGUCAGGGUGACGCACCCUUUCAAUCGCAAAGAGUUUGUUGAGAGUAUAGUGGAACAAUUUCGAGGAACCUCUGCAGGGGUGGUUGAAUUUCUUCUGGAGCCAGAGGCAAAGAAGACGACGCACGAGUUGGCUCAUGAGUACAACGGAUAUGUCAGCAAGAAUAGAUACCUGAUUGUGCUUACUGAACUAUCCACCAUUGAAGAAUGGCAUCGAAUAAAAACUUGCUUCCCAGAAAACAAACUGGGAAGCCGAAUCAUAGUGUCCACAGAGCAUGUUGAAGUUGCAAGUUUAUGCCCGGGCCAGGAAAGUAUUGCAUCGGGGCUCAAGCAAUUGUCUGCUGAACAGACUAUCUAUGCUUUCUACCAGCAGAGGUCCCAAGAUUUUACAUAUUCAUGGAAGCCAACAUCUAGCUCAAUACUACCCUGCACUGCUGAGAAUGAGAUACAAGAAGAACAAUCUAAUGAUAAUACUGAUGGAAAGAUGAUAGUACAAAAUAUGCCCACACGCAUCAACAUGAUGCCAUGUACUUUUGAGGAUUUUCAGCUUAUUGGGCGGGAGAAAGAAAAAUCUGAUAUUAUUGGAUUAAUUCGAAAACAAGCUUGUACUCAAAAACUUCAGGUGAUCGCGCUCUGGGGAAUGGGUGGUAUUGGAAAAACCACUCUAAUCAAAGAUGUAUACCAGAGACAAGAGGUUAGCGACAUGUGUGAGAAACAUGCUUUUGUCACAGUUUUGCGACCUUUCAAGCUUGAGGAGCUCCUUAGAAGCUUAGCAUGUCAGUUCGAAGCAAAGAAGACCGGCAUGGACUUUGCAGGCGAUAGCGAAAAAGAUAUUGCUUUGAUGGGAGUUGCAAAGUUGACUGAACUGUUGGGCAGACGUUCACAAGGAAAAAAGUGUCUGAUGAUUCUCGAUGACCUAUCAUCGGUCAUGGAAUGGGAUAAAUUGAUGCCGAGUUUACUUGCAAUGAAAAAUCCAAGCUUGGUUAUUGUGAUCACAACAAGGCGAGAGGAUAUUGCUAAACAUUGUUGCCAGAAACCAGAGUACAUGCAAGAAGCAGAGUGCAUACGCUCGCUCAGUGGUCUACAAGACAAACAUGCAUGUGACCUCUUCAUAAAUAAGGUAUUUAAGAAUAAAUCCACAGAUUUGGCCAAGCACUAUCCAGAAUUGGUUGAACCCGCCAAGCUCAUCCUAAGGAAGUGCAAUGGACUUCCUCUUGCUAUAGUCACUAUAGGUGGUUUCUUGGCGGACCAACCAACAAAAACUGCUGCGGAGUGGAGGAAAUUAAAUGAGCAUAUCAGUGUUGAGCUAGAGAUGAAUCCAAAGCUUGAGGUCAUAAAAACAGUCCUUAUGAAAAGUUAUGAUGGCUUACCCUAUUACCUCAAGUCUUGUUUUUUGUACAUGUCCAUCUUUUCCGAAGACCGCAAUGUUAGCCGGCGACGAUUGGUGUACCGAUGGAUCGCAGAAGGUUACUCGCAGGAUAGAUCCGGAGCGGAUAGAUACUUCAUGGAACUCAUAGAGAGAAGCAUGAUAUUACCAACUCAGCAAUCAGUUUACAGCAUACAAGGAUUUGACUCCUGCCAGCUACAUGAUCUGAUCCGUGAUAUCAGCAUUGCCAAGUCAGUGGAGGAAAAUCUUGUUUUCAGGCUGGAGGAAGGUUGUAGCUCGAACACUCAUGGUGCGGUGCGUCACCUUGCCAUAAGCAGCAAUUGGAAAGGAGAUGAGCGUGAGUUCCAGAGCACCGUGGAGCUGUCCCGUAUAAGGUCAUUGACGGUGUAUGGCAAGUACAGGCCAUUUUACAUUUCCAAUAAGAUGAGGUUUCUUCGGGUGCUGGACCUUGAAGAUACAAUAGGUCUCACUGAUCAUCACCUUGAGAUCAUUGGGAAGCUUAUUCAUCUCAGAUUCCUUUCUCUAAGAAGGUGUUUGGACAUCUCCUACCUUCCAGAUUCCGUGGGUAACCUGAGACAACUUGAGACACUAGACAUCAGAUAUACACGAAUAUUGGUGCUGCCCAAAACCAUCACCAAGCUGAGCAAGCUACGUUAUCUGCAUGCUGGCGUGAGUUAUGGUGUUAAGGUUCCAGUAGGGAUUAGGAAAGUGAAUACCCUGCACACGCUGCGGUAUGUGAACCUUUUGGAGGGGAAUGCCAUCAUGCAGGAGAUAAUAAGUCUAACCGGCUUGCGCAAGCUAGGAGUGUUUGGCAUCAACGCGAAAAAUGGUCCGGAGUUCUGUGUAGCCAUUUCUAGACUCAGCUGUCUUGAAUCUUUGUCAGUUCGGUCAGAAAAAAAGGAUUUACAUGACUGCUUGCAUGGUAUGUCUUGGCCUCCGGAAAAACUGCAGACCCUCAAACUGCGUGGCUGCCUAAAUUGUUUGCCAGAAUGGAUCAAGGGGCUUGAGAAUCUCGUGAAGCUCAAUCUAGAAUUGACCGGGCUACUAGGAGAUAGUGAAACCAUGCAAGUCAUUGGGAACCUACCAAACCUAUCCAUUCUUCGUUUGCUGGACCGUGGUAUUGAAGAACCUAUCAGUAUCACUUUCCAGGCUGGCCUUUUCAGAAGCCUCGUGGUAUUCUAUCUUGUUUGCAUGCAUGUGAAAAUCGAAUCACUGGAGUUUGAGCAGACAGCAAUGCCGAAACUUGAGGUGUUGAGCCUGCGACUAUUUGAUUCUGCAACGGGCAUUUCUGGGCUGGGAUUUCUCCCAAGCAUCAGGGAAGUACAGCUCAUUGUGGAGUUUUACUCAUUUCAUAUCCAACGCACUGAAGAUAUAACACAUAGAGAAGCACACAAUGAAGCAAGGCGCAGGGAAUACACAGUCAAGGAGGACAUCAGGAAGCAGCUCACCAGCAAUAAAAAUGGUCCCACUUUGAAGGUGCAACAUAUGUGUCGUCGGGAACAAGAACAGAAGCAGUUUCUGUUAAAUUUUGUGCAAACAUAA